AUGAAAGUGGAAACUCCAAAAAAGCCUUCGUUGCCUUCCAUCGACGCUCUUCCAAAGCAGACAACAUAUUCACUCCCCCCGUUACUGUCACUCCUUAAUCAGCAUGAUAGACCAGCGUUUCCUGCCUUUGGCGCUUUACCUCCUUCCACGCCUCGCUUCAUUCUUCCUCCCAGAUCAGUGUCUGACACUUCGUUACCCACCAGCAUUCCAGUAUACACAAACCCCACAUCUACCGCUGUGCUAACGCCUUUGGACACAAAUUCAGCUGUAAGCUCCACGCCAGCACUGGGGCCCGCUUCUGCUGCAAACACCUCUGUGGACUCAGAGGCUGACAUUUCCAUGAACACCUCCAUCAACGAUUCAAUGGUGAAGCCCACCAUGAAAAGAAAAGCGGCUUCUACUGUUUCUCCUACAAAGGAUUUUGCAUUCAUUAGCCACUCCCCUGCAACAUACCCAUCACAAGAACCUUCAAUUGACAAUGCAUCGUUAGCUCGUAGGAAGAGAAGAAGAACCUCUCCUCACGAGUUGGCCAUCUUGAACCAGGAGUUUGAGCUUGGCUCCACGCCAAAUAAGGUGAGACGAACGGAAAUAUCCAAGAGAGUGAACAUGACAGAGAAAGCAGUCAAGAUCUGGUUUCAAAACAAGAGGCAGUCCCUUCGCCGUCUUAAAAGUACAGACAAAGAGAUCACAGAGUUGCCCCCUACGCCAGACUCUUCUGUGGUGGUGUCUGCUCCAGUGACUGACACCGCUCCAACGCCAAUCGUGGAGAGUACUCCAAUCAAACCAAACUUGAUCAAAUCACAUUCACAGGAGCUGGUGAAUAAGGUAAUGGACCAGCUGUCACCGAUCAGAUCAUAUUCCACGCCUUCAUUGCAAAAGCACCAGUUCAAGAAGGACAGGCCUACGAAACUGCCAUUGCUUUCAAGAAUGCUUGCAGCUGAAGAUGACAAAGCCUCCGGGAAGGAGAACGGGAACUUGGUGUUAAAUCUUACCAACAAGAAACAACCUGACUUCAUUCGCUCGGCUCCUGCUGCCGCCUCAAACCAAAUGAUGACGUUCAAAUUAGCACCCUCAACUGCUGGUGCUGUUAACACUCCCACAUUCGUAGCUGCUAACAAUGCAACUCGAACUAGCAAAAGAUCGUCACGUAAACCGCUCGGGGAGAUUGACACAAACACAAUACCUGCUCCUUCGGCUAAGAUGGCACACGAAUCACAGUGCGUGCAUAACUUGCUAUCCUUGAAAAGCGGAAACUAUUGA